AUGAAGAGCAUGAUGCAGUCACUUGCAGUUUUAACGGCCCUCCUACAGUCGCUCCACGUCGUUGCCCAAUCCUCCACGUAUACCACCAGCAUCAUCACGACCUGCAUUACUGUCACACCGAGUAUUGCAACACCCACCAAGUCUCUCCAUGUGCCAGACACUGCUGUCACCGUCUUCGUUCCCGACUGCUUCCAAUGCGACUGCGCAGUAUGCGUUCACACGACCCGCCUCACAACCACCCUGUCUGCCUUCUGUCCUACCGGCAUCGUUGACAGGCCUUACGUGGUCGAGCAUGUUUAUUCCGGCAUGUCAGCCAUCCCGACAAUGACGGACCCGACCUUUAUUCUUGCAGGCUUUACCACGGCGGUAGAGACGUGUACCAGUUGCGGCCCAGAGCCCAUCACAGCGACGCUGACCUUCCCUAAUGGAGGCAGUCCCUAUGCGCCCGAAAUGACACAAGCCGCCGCGCCCUCAAGAGGUAUCAAACACGGACCUGAUGAUUGGGUAGCCACUGGGCCUUCUAGGGGUACAGAGCAUGGAUCUCACGAUGCGACGGUAGUCAAGCCUCCAAGCGGCGCUGAGCAUGGGUCACAGGGCGAAACGACCCCCGACGCUCCAGAUGUCGUCUACACGGCUGGUGCCGAUACGCUUUGCAGAAUCGGAGGUGUUCUUCUGUCUCUUUUACUUCUUGUUGCAUUUUAG